CAAAUGACCUAGUUUGGCCAUGCCAGAAGGGUGGUGGUAAAAGUGGGUAGUUUUUUGAAAAUGUAAUUCGGCAACUUUCUACCGAUAGACGUCAAACUUUCUAAAUAAACGUAAACAUGGCGAGUGAUCCGGACGAUUUUGAUAAAAAUAUAGAAAAUUUGAAAAGCAACGUCAGAGCGUCGUUUGCGCGGGUGUAUGCAACUUUAAAAGCAAGGGAAUUAAAAACUUUACGACAAUUAGAUGCUAUACGUAAACAAUGCCAAGAUAACAAAGACUUGAAGAGGAAUUGUGUUCAAAAUAUUCAUAUAUGUUUCGAGAAAGAGUCCACGUUGUUAGAAAAUGUAAGUAAUUUCGGUGUUAUUGAUUUUGAGAAGCUUAACUUUGAUAGUAAUACGUUUACACUGGAGGAUUACGUUAGCCCCGAAGAUGACCACAUGUACUCUUAUAAAACUAUUGAGGAGGUAACUAAGGAGGUUGAGGAAGGAGAUAAUGACUUAGAGGCUAUAGAAGAGGCUGCCCUCAAGCAGAUUACAGCUACAGACAACUGUGUAUGUUAUGUAAAUAUAAAAUCAGAGGAGGUAUCGAAAAAAUUUAGAGAUUUAGAAAUUAGCGCGUCGCCAGUUAAAGUAUGCGAGAGUAGCCGCAGUAGUUUCGAUAACAAUGAGGUUGAUUGUCCAGAAAGUAUAACGGAAGAUGACAAAAGUGACAGUUCAGAUCCUGAUGUUAAGAAAAUUGAUCCGACAGAUGAUUGGUUGAACUCGAUUAAAGGUCAGACUGAAACAGAGCCGUCACAAGUAACCGAUGUAAUGGAACACAGCACAAUAGCUUGUUUAUAGCAGAAUGUAGUGGUAGUAUUGAUAUGAAUUUACAUUUUACCAAUUAGAUAAUAUUGUAAUAAAGUUUUAUAUUUUGCAUAA